UCGUAAAUAACUAAAUAAAAAUUUCAGUGAACGUUGAAAAGAAAUAUUCAAAAAAAAGAAAAAAAAAAUAUUCUAAUUAAAUUUAAAUUUCAAAUUUUACUUAUACUAAAUACCAACAUACAUACAUACAUACAUAUAGGAUUGAUAAAAUAAAUAUAUUAAUUCUUUUAUAUAAAAUUAUAUCUCUAUACCUAAAUUAAAUAUGCCAGAAGGAGAAAAAAUUAAAAAGGAACUUCCAGCAAAUUAUGUAUGGCCAAAUAAACCAUCACCUUGCACAUGGAAAGCAAGUGGAAAUAGUGAACCAAAUCCACAUACAAAGCGUACAUUUAAACCAGAAUUACAUAAAACAUAUCCUGAUAUUCUUCAUGUAAUAGGAAAUACACAUUUGGUGAAAUUGAAUAAGAUUCCACAAUCUGAGGGAAUAAAAUGCGAUAUGUACGCAAAAUGUGAGUUUCUGAAUCCAGGUGGUUCCGUGAAAGAUAGAAUUGGUUUUAGAAUGGUUUUGGAUGCCGAGGAAAAAGGAAUUUUAAAACCUGGUUGUACUAUUAUCGAACCAACGUCGGGAAACACAGGAGUAGGAUUAGCAAUGGCAUGUGCUGUUAAAGGCUAUAAAUGUCUUAUUGUUAUGCCAGACAAAAUGUCAAAUGAAAAGGUAGCAACACUAAAAGCACUUGGUGCAACAAUUAUUCGAACUCCAACAGAAGCUGGUUUUGAUGAUCCAAGUGGAUUGAUUGCUGAGGCUUACCGUUUGCAGGCUCAAAUUAAAGAUUCUAUAAUUCUUAAUCAAUAUAUUAACCCUGGAAAUCCAUUAGCUCAUUAUGACGGCACUGCUACUGAAGUAUUAUGGCAAUUAGAUAAUGAUAUUGAUUUAUUUGUUAUGGGCGCUGGAACAGGAGGAACUAUUUCUGGCGUAGGUAGAAAAAUAAAAGAAGCCUGUCCAAAAUGUAAAAUCGUUGGUGCCGAUCCAUAUUCAUCAAUACUAGCCCAACCACCUGAAUUAAAUAUCACUGAUGUUGUGAAAUAUGAAGUUGAAGGCAUCGGUUAUGAUUUCAUACCAUCUGUAUUGGAUUUAAAUGUAGUAGAUGUUUGGGAAAAAACAUCAGAUAAAGAAAGUUUUUUAAUGGCUAGAAGGUUACAAAAAGAGGAAGGAUUUUUAUGUGGAGGAAGUAGUGGUGCGGCUAUGGUUGUUGCUUUGAAAUAUGCAAAACAUUUAAAAGAAGGACAAAAGUGUGUUGUUUUAUUACCCGACAACAUACGAAACUAUAUGACUAAGUUUGUGUCAGAUAAUUGGAUGGAAGCAAGAGAUUUUAAGGAAGUUCCACUAGAUGAAAACAAUCAUUGGUGGUGGAAUCAAAAGGUUGAAAAAUUAAAUUCUCCAAAACCUGUAAUUAUUUCACCAGAAACAAAAACUAAUGAGGCCAUAAAAUUAUUAAAAGAAAACAAUUUGGAGAUAUUGAUGGUUGUCGAUGAUAACGGAAAUAUUAUCGGCGCUGUUACAUUGGAAAAUUUGAUGCCGAAACUUGUGAGUUCAAAUUUAAAAUACAGUGAUGAAAUUCGAUCUUCUGUUUAUAAGAAGUACAUAAAAGUAACUCCAGAUGACAUUCUUGGAAAAGUUGGACGAAUUUUAGAAGUGGAAACAUUUGUCGUUUUAGUUGAUGAUGGUCAAAUACAAACACCCAAAUUAACUGGUGUUGUAACAAGAAUGGAUUUCCUAAAAUACAUUACCUCUAAAGAAAGUCAAACAAAUGGUGCUUAAAUAAAAACAUUUCAGUACAUGAAUUAACUUUAUAUGUACAUUCAUUUUAACUCUAAAUAUUUAAAUAUACAUAAUUUUUUUCAAGAACAAA